UUGCCAACAAGACAGCUAGACGCUAGAAAGUGCUUUAUAUAAGUCAAGAAACAAGAGAGCUAAAGUGAUUUCGGACUGCAUAUCCUUCAUAUCAAUUAUUGAAGACUCCAAUUAUUCCUACUGCCUUGGAACGCUCGCAUACACUAGACUGCUUACGACAUAGUGAACUACUGCAACUCAUUGAUAGCUUUAUAGUGGACUGUGCUUUGGAACCUUUCUUUACUGGAUUGUAAAGUAUGGCUUGCUAAGGGAACAAGAGUGCCACCGCACUUCGCCCAAUACAACUAUAAACUCCGUAAUCUCUUUCUUAGUCAUGGGUUCCCCCCACUCAACUGCAAAGUCCUCACUCGGACAUAAAAAGUCAAUAUUUUCUCGGAAAAGCAAAAUCGAAACGAUCUCUCAAGAUGAACACAUACCCUCUCUCACCUCUGGCCUUCGCUCCUAACCUAGUGCCUGACCUCACCCAGGACGAUUUCCUAGCCAGCUGCUUUGGAUCUGGGUUCGGCUACGAUGGCUCCCCCUCAUUCAAAGACUCUUUGCUCACCCCUCCCGACACUCUCGGCUUCCCUAAACUCUUGGGUUCUAGUGCCGGUGGUGGUGAUGAUGGUCUGAGUCUGAGCGAUUGUGGUGGAGUGUUCGACACUAGCUAUAAUGAGUUGAACUUAGACUCUGAUUGGUUGAACGAACCCAUCAACCUGCACACACCUGACUCCCAGGAUGGUGACAUCACCCUCACAACCUCCACUCCUUACACAACCCUCGUAGAUCUACCCUCUCCCUAUGCAGAUGUUACACUCCCCGUCACACCUGGCACUAGCCAUCCGCCCACUCCACUCUCCACCUCCCCCUCGUCCGAUGUAGAGGAAGUCUUAUCUCUAUUUAGUGAUCAAAGCAGCAACGACUCUUCGCGCUAUCUCCCUAGCGAAUACCUACCAUUUGGUGCAAGUCUGGGCAGCUUUGACUCCACCCCUGACUCCUCCCAGUACAAUUCUCCUGCUCUCUCCCCGGUAAAUUCUCCAUACACCUCUCAAGAUGUCUCCUACUACACACCUCAAGACUUGCCCUCCUCCCCUUUUGAAGCAACACAACUGCCUAGUAGCAAUCUUCUUGCUGAUCGAAAAAGAAAAGCUUCUGAGUCAACUGCUCCAAAGACAAAACGUCGACUAAGUCUCAGCGCAAAGAAAGAACGCAAGAAAGAGCAAAAUAAAACAGCUGCGUUGCGUUAUAGACAGAAAAAGAAGGUUGAAAAAAGUGGCUGUUUUUCAAAAGUUGAUGACCUAGAGGCCAAGAAUGCUGCACUGAAGAAAACUGUAAACACUAUAACAGCUGAGAUCAAUUAUCUGAAGAAGCUGUGGUCAGAAGUGAGCGCUGCCAAGAGUGUGAAGCAAGGACAGACUCUUUGUUAGCUAGUCUAUAGUUGUUGUUUGUUUGUUUGUUUGUGUUGUGAUUGUUUGGCAGUCUUUUUCAACUACAAUUUAUUAAUUCUUUGUCAUCAGUGUACAUUUCACCCAUUAACACUCUGUCUCCGGUCAUUGUCUUCACAUGAUGAUGUUCACUCCAUUAUGAAAAUGAGUUCUUUUUUUAACAGACAAA